AUGCGAGCCAUCCUCCCCGGGCGACCCCGAUCGAAGCGGCAGGCACUGUGCACUGCACAUUGGGAUGGUCUACGGAUCGUCGCAUAUAUCUCUGGCAAUGCGGCCGUCAUCCUCACGGGUCCGCAGACUAUUCUGCAGACCAUCUAUGUCGAUACAGUCGAGGCCCUCACGGCGAUAACCAUCGAAGAGACCACCGGGCGGAUCGCACUCGGCGAUAAGAGCCACGUCUACAUCUACAGACCCCUCGGCCGAGACGAAGGCGUGUUGAGGUGGAGCCAAAUACAUGAACUGAGGAAUCCGAAUGGAGUCGCCGUGUCCUCUCUGUCUUGGGGCUCAGCUGAAGAGUUGUUGCUGGGCGGGUCAAGACUGAUUCUCUGGUUCAUUCCACCCUCGACUGUACCAAUAAUCACAUGGAACCAAGCACUGUCGUAUCCUACUGCGCUCGCUUACCUCUCGCCCGACAGCAGCCUGAUCGCUUCUAUCGGACAGCAUGAUAGACUGGUCAAGAUUUGGAGGAGACUCUCGUAUGAGGUCGACAGUACCAGGUUCGAUGUUUCAUACCUACCACAUCCUUCAACUGUCACGAAUCUACACUGGCGCAAGCCGUGGCACCUGGAACAAAACUUGGAUAACCUACUCUAUACUUUUUGUUCCGACAACCAUGUCCGAGCAUGGACCGCCUCCGACCCGCAUGCCCUCACUGUCCUCCAGCAGGCUGGAGACAUCGACAUGAGCGCUUCGAUAGAGCCGCGGAGACUCAGUGCCAACUCGGUGAGCACGCGGCGCUAUUCGUUCAUCAUCGACAGUCGAGACUUCUCGACCGCCACCGAGAAGGCUGUACAAAGCUCCAAUGGUAGGGUUGCCGAUCAUGCUCUUGAGCAUCUUAUUGAAAUCGCCAAUCGGAGCCCCGAGAUCUGUAUUGUCCUCGAUGGACUGGGCCACAUGUCUAUUUGGGGACUGGAAAAUGCCGGCUACAAGAACAAGAUUCCUCCUUCUGUAUUCCACAUCUCCCAUGUGGACGGCAUGAGUAUCUCGGUGCCACAGCUGAGUGAUCCUCUGCACGACUAUGUUCAGUUCUGUAUCUUCGCCGAUGGUGCCACGCCGUCGUCCUUGUCGAUUCUUCUGCAUUCUUUUGCAGGCGACAUUGAUUGGUACGACAGCCAGGCCACUCAUCUCUUUGACACUGCCAACCGACACGGUCGGGCGCGGCUGAUAACCUCUCUGGCAGGGGCCGGUGCUCCUAUAGAGAGGCUUGUUCGCAAUGUUGCCGCCAACGUUAUCAUUUCGACAGCCGAUGGAGGCUACGCCAGUGUCUGGCAGCAUGGAGCAGACCUGUCUAGUGCUCCAUUGCUUCGACGAAGUACAUUCAACGUGGGAGUUGACAUCAAGGAUGUUGUCAUCCUCUCCCGCGGUAGAUAUGCAGCCAUACUGAGCACCCGUGGUCUAGAACUGUGGGAUAUUCGCGAAGCAACGGCCAGAAGACUUGCUGUUAGGGAACUCGAGGCCGAUCAAGUCCCGGAUCGGAUCACGCAGAGCCGUAUUGCAAGCUCAAGGGCUCUGACCAGUCGCGUCAUUCUUGGCUACCAUCCGAAUCACAGCGUGGAAGCUUGGGAGUUCUUACUCCCAGCCAACGACCCCACGGCAGCUAACGGGUAUCAUGAGCUUAUACGUUCGUUGGGGCACGUGAAGCUGCACGUCCAGAAUCGAUACGAUUCUUUGGUCUCGAUAUGUGACAAUAUGAGUAUCGACCUCCGUCCCGGCGUGCCGGCGCAAUCGAGUGCCCUCGGAUAUGCUACAGUACUAGCAAAGGGCGGUACAUUGGAGGUGGUCAAGUCGCAGGAGCAGCCAGACUCUACAAAGCCGCACCUGAUAUCUGCGGGCCUUAUUGACACCAACAUUCUACAUCCUAGAGUCAUUAGUGCUAGCGGGUAUGGCAAAGUUGUCGUGGUGAACGGAAACAGCACCAGUCUCACAAUUUGGGACGCCAGAACAGGUUCUCGUGAGUAUGAAUACGAGCUGGAUGGAAGUGAUACUAUCAAGACGUUCGCAUGGGCAGUCUCGCCACAGGGAUCUGCUCUUCUGGCCAUCUGCUUUGACUAUCAUAUCGUGAUCCUGGGGCAGAUACGGUACACUUAUCCCGCAUGUGGAUCAGCUUGGGUUGACCUUCGGCAUAUCAGAAUUAGAGACUACACUACCCACUCGAUUGGGGACCUCUGUUGGCUGAAAAGUGGUGACCUCGUCGUUGGCAGUGGCAUCCAGUUCUUCGUUUUCGAGGGAUACGCAACCAGCCACCACAAUGAAAAUGCGAGAGCUUUGCAAGAUGUGCGUCGAAAGAUCAAGACCGAUGAGACGUUUGCCAUCAUGGCAAUGCUCAAUGCACUCGUGCCGGUCUUUCAUCCGACCUUCAUCUUAUUACUGACGGCUCUUAGUGGGCCAAAGGCAGCCAGCAAUGUCCUGAACCGCUUGAACAGAAAGCUGAAAUUCUUCAGCGAGGGUGAUGAGCUACCGAGCUUCCUUGAUUUGCCCAUUGGGCACAUUGUGCCACAGCCUGAAACUGGGGGGCCCCACGAAAAGUCAUACUAUAGCAUCGACGGCGAUGUCACUGGCCAUGACGAACAAGAACCUGUUUCAGCCUCUGUGGAAGCACUACAGGAAGCCCUCCAGAAACACCGACUCUGGCAACUCACCCAAGAUGAGCAGUCACUACUGAUCAAGCAGGUCGCGGUGACUUCGGAGUUAGAGAAGCAGGAGCAAUCAGUGGACUUUAAUGGCCAGCGCUAUCUACAAGCACUUUUCUCAUUGGGCGACGAAGGCGUGCCGUGGAGCGCCAUUGCCUUCGCAUCCCUAAGCACCUCGCAAGAAGUUCUAGUCGACUCGGUCAUUCACCACUACGGUGGCAAGCUCACAUGGGAAGCUGCGCGAAAAUCUGGCUUGUUCUGCUGGCUUACAGACUACGAUGCUAUCCGGCAGCAAAUGGAAAAUGUUGGUCGCACAGAGUUCACGAAGGGUGAGGACCGCAAUCCGAUUGACUGUUCACUGUAUUAUCUUGCACUGCACAAAAAGACCGUGCUGCUUGGUCUGUGGAGGAUGUCGAUCGGAAUACGAGAGAAGGAGAACACCAUGAAACUGCUGGCCAACAACUUCAGCGACCCUCGAUGGAAGGCUUCCGCCUUGAAGAACGCGUAUGCUUUGCUAAGCAAACGACGUUUUCAAUAUGCAGCGGCCUUUUUCCUGCUUGGGGACAGUCUCUGGGACGCAGUGAACGUGUGUACGCACCAACUGAAGGACCUGCAGCUUGCGAUUGCCAUUGCGCGAGUAUAUGAAAGCGACAAGCAGUCAGCCGUGUUGACGCGAUUGGUAGAACAAGCAAUUCUCCCAUCCGCGAUAGAGAGCGAGCAAGGACGGUGGAUGGCAAGCUGGGCAUACUCUAUCAUCCUCGACCGGAAAGACCUAGCAGCUCAAGUCAUCGUACACCCUGUCCAGAAAGUUGUCGGUCGACUCCCGCUCAACAGAACCGAAGGACAUGAGACGGUCGACUCGACGAGCUACGCAGCAAAUGACCCUCUGCUAACAUUACUGUACACGCAACUCCGCGCUCAACUUGUCAAACAAAACGCAUGGAGAGACCAGGUCGUCACGGCGAAAGACGAGUGGUCUUUUGUCAUGAGGUGUGUGAGGGAAUAUCAGCUUAUGGGGUGCGAUGUGCUGGCAUUAGCUCUGGUCCGCGACUGGGAGUUCAUCGCAGAACGCACAGAGACAGCCGUAACAAACGAUCGUUCGGCGCCGAAUCGCCUCCUUCAGAGACGAAAGACAUUCUAUGACCUGGAGAAAGAGGAGGAAGAGGAGGGUAGAGAGGGGAGCCCGCAAAUGGUGGUGCAGGCACAGAAGAAGAAGCCGCCUCCCACGCAAUUUGUGGAGCCGAGUGCGAAUAGCCUGUUAGACAGCUUCGGAUUCUGA